AUGAAGUUCACCAGCACCCUUCUUGUUCUCGGCAUCGCCGCUCUUACCAACGCACGCGCUGUCUGGGUCCGCCAGAACAAUGCACAAACCUUCACCGGCGCUCUCGGUGGUGUCGCAGCCACACCUGUACUCGAUUCCGGUAUCGCGAACCGCCCCUUCAGUGUGAAGGGCGACACCUUUGUCAACCUUUCAGGUGCUCUGCAGCGGUCUUGCGACCAACAGUUCAACGGCUGUGCGAACUUGGCCAAUGGUGGAAAUGGAAACUUUUCCACUCAGGAGUGCCAGGCACAGAAAGAUCAAUGCACAGCUGCAAGCGCCUGA